AUGCCACUGAUCGAUACACCAAGGUAAGACUCACCUGUACUUGCUUUAAUUUAUGUAAUGCAUGACAAUGGUGAGCAUAUCACAAGCAAUCUUGUUUGCAAGAGAAUCAACAAUCUUUGCUUACGGUUCACGCUUUAAAAACACACCUCUCACUACUUAUUCUCUACACAUAAUCAACAAUCUUUUGCAUUUUCUCUCUAAACGCUAUUUUCCCUUGAACCAACCAUUCUGCAACCCGAUGGCAACGAGAAGGAUAUUGAAAGAACUUAAGGAGUUGCAAAGAGACCCUCCUGUAUCAUGCAGUGCAGGUAGAGGCUCACAGUUUCCUCCUGUAUCAUGCAGUGCAGGUCCAACGGGAGAAGAUAUGUUCCAAUGGCAAGCUACCAUAAUGGGUCCGAACGAGAGUCCGUACUCCGGCGGUGUUUUCCUUGUCAAUAUCCAUUUCCCUCCGGAUUAUCCUUUCAAACCUCCCAAGGUUGUCUUCAGAACCAAAGUGUUUCACCCAAACAUCAACAGUAAUGGAAACAUAUGGUUGGACAUUCUCAAAGACCAAUGGAGCCCUGCCCUUACCAUCUCUAAGGUGCUUCUCUCGGUAUGCUCUCUUCUUACAGACCCAAACCCUGACGAUCCUCUGGUGCCAGAGAUAGCUCACAUAUACUAAACUGACAAGACCAGAUAUGAAGCCAUUAUAAAUUGAGAUUUCUAUAUUCAUCAAAUCUACACAUCCCAUAGAUCAUCUAGACUUAAUUUAAUUCAACCAUAAAUAC